AUGGUGGCUAGAAGGAAAGGACUAUCGUUGGAGGAAAAACGCGCAAAAAUGUUAGAGCUGUUCUAUGAAACGCAGGAGUUCUAUCAGAUGAAAGAACUAGAGAAGAUAAUUGGCAUAGUACCGAAGAAGAAAGGUGUCAUAUCACAAUCUGUGAAGGAGGUAACUCAGUCUUUAGUGGACGAUGGUUUAGUAGAAUGCGAGAAGAUUGGCACAUUUGUUUGUUAUUGGGCCUUUCCUUCAAAAGUUUUACAAGUGAAGAAGCGGCUAGUAGAAAAUUUGGAGGCUUCGAUUCGUGAUCUUGAUGCGAAGGUCAAGAAGGCCAAGUGGGAAGUACAGAACCAACGAAAAGAAAAAGUGGACUGUAAAACUCACACCGGACUUAUAACCAUCAUCACGAAACUAGAGGAAAAAGAGAAAGACCUACGUAAGCUUCUCGAUAAAUACGCUUUGUGUAAUCUCGAGGUUAUUAACCAAGUAAGAUCACGGAUUCGGAAAGCAAGCGAGGAUGCAAAUCGAUGGACAGAUAAUAUAUUUACUAUAAAAAAAUGGUGCAAGUCGAAGUUUGCGAUGGAUGAACAACACCUUGAUAAGCAGUUCGAGAUUCCAGAAGUUCUCAAUUAUUUUGAAUGA